UUUAUAGCAGUCCGCGCCUCCCCACCCCCUCCCAGACCAGCAGAGGCAGCAGCAGAAGCCGCAGCUCCCGCCAGCCCCUCCCGCCGUCGCCACUCCUCGCCUGCCCGGCUCUCUCCUUCCCUCCCUCCCCGGGGCAUCUCGCCUCCGGAUCGCUCCUUCCUCCCCAUUCCUCCCUUGUUUUUCCUCCCCCUCUCUUCCCUUCCCCGUUCUCUGUCCCGCACAGCCCGCUCCCGGCGGACACAUCUCGUCCUGUGUAACUUGGAAGUCUUGUCGUCUCAUCAUGGACACCAGUGUAAUUGAAGGAGGCCUGAAUGUCACCCUCACAAUCAGACUCUUGAUGCAUGGCAAGGCACUUGGCAGCAUCAUCGGGAAAAAAGGAGAAUCUGUUAAAAAGAUGCGUGAAGAGAGUGGGGCCCGGAUAAACAUCUCAGAAGGAAACUGUCCAGAAAGAAUAAUCACUCUAGCAGGCCCAACAAAUGCGAUCUUCAAAGCCUUCUCGAUGAUUAUUGAUAAACUGGAAGAGGAUAUCAGCAGCUCGAUGACUAACAGUACUGCAUCCAGUAAACCACCAGUGACACUGCGCCUGGUGGUACCUGCAAGCCAGUGUGGUUCUCUGAUCGGUAAAGGAGGAUGUAAGAUUAAAGAAAUCAGGGAGAGUACAGGGGCGCAGGUGCAGGUGGCGGGUGACAUGCUUCCCAACUCGACAGAGCGGGCGAUAACUAUUGCUGGUAUUCCCCAGUCAAUAAUUGAAUGCGUCAAGCAGAUUUGCGUCGUUAUGCUGGAGUCUCCUCCGAAGGGAGUCACAAUACCAUACCGGCCCAAACCCUCCAGUUCACCUGUCAUCUUUGCAGGUGGUCAGGUGUCGCGCCAGGCCGGAGGGCACGCAUGUGAGACUGACCUGUGGGAGGGGCGGAGGUCCCACACAGGGGGAGUCUCCCUAGAUGCUGUGGAUCUCCAUGGGGCCUACACCAUUCAAGGACAGUAUGCCAUACCCCAGCCUGAUCUGACCAAGUUACACCAACUGGCAAUGCAGCAAUCUCACUUCCCCAUGUCCCAUAGUGGCAAUACCGGAUUCAGUGGCGGUAUUGAUGCUUCAGCACAGACCACUUCCCAUGAACUUUCCAUUCCAAAUGAUCUGAUUGGUUGCAUCAUUGGACGUCAAGGAGCUAAAAUUAACGAGAUUCGCCAGAUGUCAGGGGCUCAGAUAAAGAUCGCAAACCCUGUUGAAGGUUCUAACGACCGCCAGGUUACCAUAACUGGAUCAACGGCCAGCAUCAGUUUGGCCCAAUACCUAAUCAAUGUCAGUCUAGAAAGUGCUAAACCCUCCUCCUCCCAGAGCGUCACGACCCCUGACCUUCUCAGCAUCUCUCAACCCUCCACCCCUUCCUCCUCCAACGCUGCCCCCUCUCUGGUGAUUGCUGCCACGGUCGAGUGUUGCGAACCUUCCUCAGCCUCCACCUCCUCUUCCUCUUCCUCGGAAGCACCUUCCAGCCUCCCUAAUCCCUCGACUGCCCCUUGUGUCUCCAAUCUGCUUGACAUGAAACCUGUCCCGCUCCUGGCUCUAAAUGUCGUGUCCACUGCAUCCUCUACCUCAUCCUCUGCUGCAUCUGCCGCCCAGCAAUAUUCUAAAGUGAAAUCGGACAAGCAGCGCUUCUCUCCAUAUUGAGUAGCCUGUGGUUUUAGUUGUCCUAGAUAUUGGACAGCUACGCCUCACUUUUAUUUGAAUGAAUUUGCCAAUGUGUUUGCUCUUGUUACAAUUGCUGUAAAUCCCCACUACGCUAUAGAUAAUAAAGCUUUGCCUAUAUAGCCUACAGUGGGAAAGGUUUGGGUUCUCUUGAGCGAAUGUGGAAAGGUAGUUCCCUGCCUUUUUUAUUGUGCAUCUGUAAAUUUACCAGUAGUGUUGGCUCUCAUCGCUUUGAUCAGCGUUCACUGUGAGCAUUAUUUCAAUAAAACAGCCAUUGAUUUGAUGACAACUAAA